ACCGGAUAUGACGUCUGGAACACGAACGGUCGGUUUUGUUUGGAGAUUAGACGUUAUCGUCGAAGAUAUUUGUAAUGAUGCAGCAUUUAGCUGAUAUUUUCUGCUAGCUACGAUAUCACUAAGCUUUUAUUUCCCGCUGUAAGUGUCUGAGUGGGUCGGGAUGAUUGUUGCGACCCGAAACAAAGACAGUUUGAAUUCGGAGAGAAGCCCGAUUAGCCUAAUUAGCCUCCAGACUCGCCUUUGUAAAAAUGUCCGUUAGCAUUUCUGGGGACAAUGAAGAGAAAAGUGUCGAAAUUAAGACUGAGUCCCAACGAGGAGGCUCGUAUAAUCCGAGAGGAGCUUGAAAGGAGGAGAAAACUACGAAUCCAGCAGGUCCGGGAGCAGCAGAGGGAAAUCGCACUGCAGAUCCGCCAGGAGGUCGAGCAGAGACGACAGCAUGAGCUACGGCAGCUGGAGGAGCAGCUGAGGGAGGACUGGGAGAGACAGCAGAAGGAGAAGCUCCAAACACUGCAGAGCUUCUAUCAGGAGAGCCUCCAGCUGCUUGGCCAGAGCCACAGGAAUGCCAAAGAAAACGAACCAGAUCCGGCAGCUGCUGCUCAGAGAGAGGAGGAGAAUCAUGCCAAAGCUGAGGAGCGCUACCGUGAAGCUCUGAAGGAGCUCAAAAUCCAAAGGAUUAAAGAGCAGGAGAAACAAAAACAAUCCAUCAAUGUGAGGAAGAAGGUGCUGCAGAAGGAAAAGGAACGAUCAGCUAAAGUGGCCAGCCUUCCACCGCCUAUCCCUCAUCCCAUCCAGGACAUCGAUCCCAAGAAGCCACAUGUAGUAAAGAGAUCAGAUCUGAAUGCCUUUGCUGCUACACAUUACCACAUGCCUGAGAGCACAGUGGAGAAAGAGCUGGAUACAGUGCAGCCUGAUGCCAGAGAGGAAGCUGAGGUGGAAGCCAGGAGACUUCAGGACCUACAGGGAGAAGAACAGAGGAGGAGAGAGGAGCAGUUGGAGAAGGCUCGUCUCAGGGGGAGGCAGGCUCUGAGGAGGGAGCAGCUAAUUCAGGAUCGAGAGCAUUUGCUGGUUGAGCUGGAGCACAUGCAGCAGACUGACCUGCUGAGGAGGAGGCAGCAGGUGUCCCAGAUGCCACCUCAGAUCUUCCAGCCUCUCUUCAAGAGGCAGGAGACAAGGGAGGAGUUCCAGAGGGAGAUGGAGUUUGCCUUUGAGGAUCUGUGUACUGGAGAGAGACGGGUUAAAGGUGACCUGGUUGUCCAGCUGGUACCUGAGCCUCUUCCAGCUUCAUCCAGUACCAGCCAGGACCUGGAUCAAGAACUAGAUGUUACUUUGGAUGAAAACACCAAACCUGAAGCAGAAAAUAUCCAGAAAGACUUUGAGGAUGGAGUUGGAAGCAGUGAGCAGGAAAGAUUGGCUGAAGUAGAAGCUUUGAAGCCUCCUCCCAGACGGGCGCUGAGGAAACUCCUGGAUCGUAUCCGGAGCCAAAGGAACGACUGGAUUAACGGCAGCACUCGCAUUCCUGCAGAAGAUUCACCGACAGACUUCACAGACCUGAUCCCAGAGCGGGACACGAGCAUCGAAACUGGAUCUCUGACCAGUGAGAUGGACAAACGGACCCUCAUCAGGAUCGGAGAGCCCACCAUCCUUCCACCAACUGUAGAACCAUCAGAACUGCAACCUGCAGCAGAAAGUCCACUUCCUGGUGUUUUUCUCAGCAGAAUCCAAGAAGCUGAAGAACGUAUGAAGAGGGAAGCAGAGCUGGAGCUGCAGAAACGGCAGCAGAAUGUUCUGCUCCAGGACCUUGAGGAGCAAAAAGCCAAACUGGAGCAGAUGCUGCAGGAGGCUCAGCAGGAGAGGGAGCAGCUGAAAGCUGCUGUGUCCCAGGAAGCACCCCUUCUCCAAUCACACAUUCCUGUCCAGGAUCAGGUCCGGACGGGUUUGACCUGUGAGGCGUUGUGUCCUGCGGGUGAAGAUGAGGCCACCAGGAGGCUCAGAGAAUAUCAGCGCCGCCUGUUGGAGCAGAACAGGAUUCACCGGAGAUCAGUGGAAGUGGCUCGGCUGCGGUUGGAAGAAUACCAGCGAGCUCUGUGGAUCCGCCACAACAUGACCACCACCUUACUGCGGCCUCCUGUUCACCCUGCGGGCCUCGUUCCCCCGUGUCUGUCUGAUCCUGGGUCUGAACACCCUCCUCAGGCCGCUGCUACACCUCCAGUGCCUUCAGACGCUCAACCUAAAACCUCUGUGGACUUUGCCAUGAGAGACCUGUCAGCUUCACCUCCACCUCCUGCCUCCAGCAGCAGCUCUGGCUCCUGCUUCCUGUUGGAGGAGUCUGUUGGAAGCAGGUUCAGCACACGGAGACCAGAUGUUACAGCUCAGCUCACUGACGGCAUAUUGCAGAGAGCUACACAGCACUCACCAGAGAGACUGAGACCCUCCCGGGUCACCGCAGAGCCUUUCAAGUUCCCCACAGGACAUGGUUCAUCCAGCACCUCGUCACCCUCUGAUCCGUCCCAACCUGCCGGUCCAAAAAUUAUUCCAGACAUUGUACCUCUGGAUCCAGGACUGCGGGCUGUAUCCCUGAUCUCCAGAGAGGAGGACUUGGAAUGGAGGAGACGAGAGCUGCAGGAGGCUCAGAGAAGGGUGAUUGAGCAGAGGGAGGCGGUGGCGCUGCAGGAGAAGCUUCAGGAGGAAGACAGGCGGAGAGCAGAGGUGGAGCUGGAACAGAUGAGGAGACAGAAGGAGACGCUGCAGGCUCUGAUGGGCACCGAUGAACAGAGUGAUCCUGAUGCUCCCAGUGAAGGUUUGGAGUCUGAGGACAUCAGGCAGAAAAGACUGACGCUGCUGGCGUCCCUGCUGAGAGCAAUUGAGGAGUCAAAUGGAGGAACGCUGUCACACCUGGAGGACCCUGAGGAGGCAGACGACUUCCCUGAACAAACCCAGUCUGACCGUGGAGUUGGAGAAGCCCCACUGGUUCUGAGCGUCAUUCCUGCAGAACCUCCUGAACCUUGCAGAUUUUUCCAUCCUCCACGAACCCAGAGGCCUCCUGUGACACAGGUCAGGCUGGGUUUCAAGGAGAUGAUGCCUGAACAACAUGAGCUUAGUGCCAUCCAAGAGGUGGAGACUCCAGUCAACCUGAGCCGGGUCACAGGUCCAGAAGAUAACUUUCCUUCACACCCUGUAGACUUCCAUCUACAGGAUGGUUCAGGAUCGUUCGCAACAUCUGACAGAACUGUGCAGUCACAGUCUGUCUCCAGCUGUGGACCGGACUCUGCUGAGAGACGGGUCGACUCAGAGACAUGCAGCCAUCUUCCUUGGAGGGAGCGAUUGCUGUCUGGAGCUGGAACGUCUCCAGAAUGUUCUGACUCCGAUUCAGUCAUGGAAGUCGUCUCACCGCUUUGUUCUGAUUCUGGGAGAGGAGCGGACUCUAUUGGUCCUGCGGUUUUGAGCUGCAAAUCUCCCUCAGAGCUUCUUCCCAGGCCAGCAGAGUCUACCAGCCUCUCCUCCACCUCCAUCUCCAUCUCCAGCGGCAGCUACAUCUCCACCGAACCAGAGCAACAUGGGAACACUGGAGAUGGACCUCGGCCCGUCAAACAAAAUGGAUCAGGUUUAGGUGAGGUCUCCUCUCCGUGUGCUCAGGCUCUCAGGAUGAAGGAAAGCUCGGCUUCAAGCUCUGCUGGUCCGUCUGUAGACUCUGUGUUUAAUGACAGCAGCAUCCAGCGUAUCAUCGACAAGUACACCAGAGAGCUCAACGUUUCCCUCAGUGCUGCAGGAACCGCUGCAGACGGUGAAGGUCCGAGUCUGGAGGAGUCCAGCUCUUCAGGUUCUCAGCAGCCCCUGGUUGGAUUGUCAGGGAUGAGGAUGGAGGACUCUGCUGGUCUUCAGGGUGUCGUGUUGCAUGCAGCAGCUCAGAGCCAUAUCCCGGAGAUUCUGGCCUCGGGUCUUCCCACUUUGGAGCGUUUUUCUCCUGGUGCCCUGUCUCUGAAUGUGGAUCUGGAGCAGGACUCUUUCCGACCGUUGCAUUUCCAGCUGACUGACCAGUCGUCUUGUCUCGCUCCUGAAGAGAGCCAGUCGGUUCUGGAGCAGCUGGUUGGUCAGCCGUCCGCAAACUCGUCAACGAUUGGUCCCCGGCCCGGACCUCCGGCCUCACCGAGCUCCGAUCUGAGCAGAUGGGACUCUACUCUGACCCGGAUGAUUGGCAGUCUGUCCCAACGGUCCGGUUCUCGUCGGCUGAGCCCGGGACAGGACUUUGACGCUGGUCGUAUAACAUCGGAGCCGUCAUGGUUGGAGGAAUUUCCGGAGGAGAUCCGGAUGAGACCGCUGGUCGGGGAGCUGGAUGAUUCUGCUGAGCAACACAGUGGAAGCUCAGGUGCAUUUUGUUCUGGUGUGACAGAAACCCGUCUGCUGUGUUCUGGUGCAAGAAGCCCUGCAGCUCCAGGAGUCUCCACAGAGUCCAGCGAACCAUCACGGCUGGCCUCAGCUCACAGUCCAUCUGUCCCACAUGUGAGUCCUCAGAGCCAGGUGCCACAGAACCAACCCGGUCUGGUGAAGCUGGACUCUUACAGGGCUGAAGAUUCGUUCCACCCGCUGCUGCUGGAAAUCACUCAUAAUGAAACAGCCGACCCCUCCAUGACCUUCCACCUACCUGAACACAACACGUCUGACUCUUCUGACAGAAAUCAGGCUGAUGCACAACACGGCGUGUCCACACCUUCUGUAGAAGAUGAUCCAUCACCCGAACAGCUGAGAACGGAGGAGCCAAACUGCUGCAGAGUCUUAGAGGAAUCCUUCUCCCAGCUCGUCAUCUCCGAGGAAUCCGUCCUCAUACUGUCCCCCACCAUGAGGACGGGUUCCUGCGUCCCGUCAAACAGUGGAACACCCGUUCUCAGCACCUCACAGGCAGGAACGUCCAAAGAGCUCAAACAUUUGGUCCCAGUCGGUGAACUUCAUGGUCAACAUGAGAACCAGCAGGAUUUCUCUGCCUCAGAAACAUCAGAAGCAGUCAGGGAGAGGGGCAUCCUGGAUCAGUCACAGAUCACCUUGGUGAGUCUGACAGACACCACGCUACAGGAUGAGGACAUGAUCACCACCGACGACGAGGAAGUUCUGGACAACAGAGGUCCAGAUAGCAUUAAGGAGGAUGGACAGGAAGGCGUCCAAACGAAGGGGGCUGGUUCCACAUCAGGGGAGGAUCCUGAUUGUUGGAGACUUCAAGCGUCCAGCCUGGUGUUUCAGUGGAGUCCGAUCAGAGACCUGCAGGACGUCUUCCAGCAGAAGCGUCAGGCUCUCAUUCAAAGGUCAAACCGCAGGGUGGAGGAACUCAAAGCCAAAAGGUCUGUCGGCAACAAUGAACCCGGCAGUCGAGUUCUAGCUGAAGGAAUUGACCUGGUUGAAGCUGACAGAGUUCAGUCGGUCACCUGGAAGAUAAAAACGACCUCCAAGUUGCAGAGUAGGACUCACGAUGAGGAGAAAGGAGAUGCACAGAAGAAGCUCCACCAGCCUUCACAAGUGAGCGGUUCCAGUCCAACAGGCUCAGAUGAGGUUCGGAUCAGCUCUCCAGAACAAAGGAAACGGAACCAUUCUGAGAUGCAUAGGAGGACUCGGAGGUUGUAUGAGCAGCUGGAGGAGGUGAAGCAGCAGAGAGCCGUCCGCAGCAGACAGGAGGACGGCGCCAAGAACCGACUGAAGGCCAAGGAGUUCCACAGGGUAAAACCCACUGGGUAAAACCCACUGGGUAAAACCCACUGGAAAACGUUACAGAAGCUUCGUGCCAGGCAGACGCGACAGGGACCUUGAACCCAGCUUUUAAUGUUUUAGACUAAUUUAUUUUAUGCUUGUAUUGAAUAAAAUCUGGGAUUAUUUCA